CCAUUUUAUCAACAAAACCUUUUACUGUUUCCUCCUUCAAAGAAAUUAUUUCUUUCCUUCAUUCUCAUCAUGGAGUUUGCCACCAGCAUUGCAGAGAACGUCUUGGGUAGGCUAGCUUCCUAUGCUUCCCAAGAGAUCUCCUUGGCAUGGGGUGCCCAACUUGAGCUCACCAAGCUCAGUAAGACCUUAUCUACCAUCAAACUAGUGCUUCAGGAUGCAGAGAAGAAGCAAGUGAAGAAUCCCCUAAUCACUCAUUGGUUGGGAAAUCUCAAAGAUGUUUGCCAUGACGUUGAUGAUGUCCUUGACGAACUAGAGUUUCAAAAGCUGCGAAAGAAAGUUCUGGUCAACAACCGUGGGAUUGUCAAAGGAAAGGUAUGCCAAUUUUUUUCACGUUGGAAUCCAGUUGUGUUUAACUUUAAGAUGGGACAUAAAGUGAAAGAGAUUAGAGAACAAUUACUUGAGAUUGAAAAUGAUAAGAGAGAGUUUGCUCUUGUCGAAGUUGCUAAUAUAUCUGAAGAUCAUCAUGUGUCCCAAGGGAAGCACAAUAAUAAAAGAGAGACUGAUUCUUUGGUGGAGGCUUCAGAUGUUAUUGGGAGAGAUGAUGAUAAAAAACAGAUUAUUAGCUAUCUCUUAAAUAACACUGUUAUCUCUAGUGAGGAACAUGUUUCUAUUAUUUCCGUUCUUGGGCUAGGAGGGUUGGGAAAGACAACUCUUGCUAAAUUAGUGUACAAUGAUAGCAUGGUAGAGGAGAAUUUUGAGAUGAAAAUGUGGAUAUGUGUCUCAGAGAAUUUUGAUGUCCAAACAUUAAUUCGUGGCAUUAUCAAUGCUGCAAUUGAACAAAAAUGUGAGGAUGAUAGUUUGGACCGUAUGAAAAGAAGGUUGCAAGAUACUUUGAGAGGUAGAAAGUUUUUGUUAGUGUUGGAUGAUGUCUGGGAUACGGAGUUAAUUGGAGUAACGAUUGAAAAAUGGAUUGAUCUAAAAGUUUUGUUAAAUGUGGGAGCUAAUGGAAGUAAAAUCAUCCUAACAACAAGAAAUAAAUCAGUUGCUUUACUUGUGAGUCCCUUAUACAUGCACCCCUUAGAAGGUCUUCCCCACAAAGACUGCAUGUCCUUGUUCAUCAAAAAGGCAUUUAAGAAAGGAGAGGAGCAACGCUAUCAACAUUUGAUAGAAAUUGGAGAGGAUAUUGUGAAGAAGUGUGGAGGAGUUCCUUUAGCAGUAGCUACUGUAGGGAGCAUGCUCUAUUUGAAAGUAGAGCGACACUAUUGGUUAAGUGUCAGAGACGAUGAAAUGUGGAAUAUAGGAAAUGACAAUAUUCUACCUGCAUUAAAAUUGAGUUAUGACGCAUUGCCACCAUACUUGAAAUCAUGUUUUGCCUUUUGUUCACUGUUCCCUAAGGGUUUUGAAUUCAAUAGUGCAACAUUAACCUGCUUUUGGAUGGCACAAGGUUAUCUCAAAAUUUCUGACAAAACUCAAAAUUUUGAACAAAUGGGUUUAGACUAUGUACGGCAGUUUUGUUCUAGAUGUUUGUUUCAAGUUGACCAAGAUUUCAAAACAGUCGUGAUUUCUAAAAUUCAUGAUCUAGUUCAUGAUUUAGCAAUUUCAGUGGCCCAAGUAGAGUUCUCCACCAUUAAUUGUCGUCCCUCUAGUACUUUUGAAAAGGUCAGACAUGUGUCGAUAUCUGAGGAGGAUUUAUCCCAAAUUCCCAAUUUCAUGCUCCAGUCAAGAAAAUUGCGAACCAUUCUAAGUUUUGAUGAUGAUUGCCAGAUCAUAAAUCAACGUUUCUUAAAGACAUGCAUCUCAAAUUUCAAGUAUAUGCGGGUUCUAGAUUUGAGUGGGUCGCUUCUUGAGGAGUUACCAAGUUCCAUUGGUAGGUUGUGUCACUUAAGAUCACUCGAUUUGUCUUGUAAUGAUAAGAUCAAAUGGCUUCCGAAAUCCAUCUGUGAGCUACUGAAUUUACAGUCCUUAAACCUUGGGUUCUGUGAUGCACUUGAGGAGAUACCCAAAGACAUUGGGAACCUGAUCAAUCUCAUAUACCUGGUGAUAACUACAAAGCAGAUGUACUUGCCAAAAUCAAUGAGACGCCUUAAGGUACUUCAAUCUUUAUGGUUUUGCCAAUGUGUCAAUCUUAAAUCAUUGGGCGAAGAGAUCCAGUACCUCACUAACCUUGGUAAACUGUUUAUUACUAGCUGUGAAAAUUUGGAAUCAUUUCCACCAAAUUUGAAACACUUGACCGCAUUAGAUACUUUGGGUAUUGGUGGUUGUGAGAAGUUACAGUUGAUGAGCUUGGAGGAAGGCCCUCAAGGCCUUCGAUCAUUGCAGAUCACUAAUUCUGAUUUGGAGGCUUUGCCCCCUUGGAUUGAAGAUUCUGCAGAAACUUUACAGAGCAUAUCAUUGGAAUACUGUAAUAAUCUGUCCAAACUUCUGGACUUGGAAAACUUUACAUUCCUCGAGCAUCUACAAAUUGUAGACUGCUCCAAGUUGUUUGCUCUGCCACCAGGGUUGCAUCUCCUAACUGAGUUGAGAGAAUUGAAGAUCAGUGGGUGUCCUAAAUUAAGCAGAAGCUGCAAAAGGCAACUAAAAGGUGAGGAUUGGUCAAAGAUGGCACGUCACGCAAAGAUUAAGCUUGAUGAUGUGAAUACUGAUGAUGAAGAAGACGAAGAUGAAGGUACACCAAUGAUCGACUGAAGAUGAAGAAGAUGAAGGUACACCAAUGAUGAAGAAGAUGAAGGUGAAGGUGAAGAAGGAGCUUUCAAUGACAAUACCAAAUCAACUGAUACAUAUAGGUUUUCCAACAAAAGCAUGCAUGCCGCUAUAUAUUGGAGAUUUGGAGGUGCUUAUUCAGAAUGAAGAAAUCCUGCACUGCUGUAUUGUUUUACGCUUGGAUCAUGUUCAAGUUUGGAAUAAGAGAUAUGUUGAUUAACUGGAAAGUGUUGUGUGAUAAAACAAUAAGAUUGUUCGAGUUUGAGUAGGUUCGUUUAUGAUAAUUGUGUGAUUUCCGUGUAUGAUAAGACACAUACGCUAGAAUGUUUCAAAAACUUGAGAAAUGUAUAGUCAAAUUUGAAGCUGAUCAAACUUUCAAGAUAUUAUAAUUAUCACUGGAAGGCAAACAAGCUUUCAAACUUAAGA